AUGGACGCUACUGCCUCUCUAACGACAUGGGACUUCUCGCCCCCAGCACACCGGGAUGACCAGGACGGGGCCAACCCACGCAAACGACGGCGGAAGUACAUCGCCAAGGCUUGCAACGAAUGCAAGCGCCGCAAGAUCAAGUGCAAUGGAGAGACUCCUUGUCAGCGAUGCGGCCGACAGCGCAUUGACUGUAUCUACGACAAGCCCCCUCAUCACGCCGAUGGCGAGUCGGAUCAACAGUAUGUUCGCGCUUCCACUCACAAACACACAUACAUGCCCUCCCCAACCAACACGGUAUAUCUCGAGCAACUCUGUAAACAGAUGUCUGCUAUGCAGGAACAGAUCAAAACCCUCUCCGCGGCUAUCACGACUUUAACGCAGACCAGCAUCACUGCCACCGCGAUCGCGCGGUCGGAUGCGGCGACGGGGGCGGGCAGCCAGCGACCGUUCCGUCGCCGGUCCACGGUCAGGGAGACCGCGUUCCAGGGCCCGACGACAUCCGCCUUCAGCUUGCAUCUCGCCAAGUCGAAUCUCCUCCGCCAGGGGAUUGUCGAGCAGACUGACGCUGACGGUGCGGAGGAAGGGGAGGCCGAUGCCCACCACCCGCCUUCGCCGCUGCCGCCGGAUUCGCCAGGGCCGCCGGCGUUGCUGGAUGCGGCGCUGCCCUCGGGGGAUCCGCUGUGGUCGUUAGAUAAGGCCGAGGCGAUGCGGCUGUGUCGCGUGUAUGAGGAGGAGAUGGGGAUGAUGUAUCCGGUCUUGGAUUUGCAGGACUUGCUGGAUCAGGUCGAGGUGGUGUUUGGGGCGCAUCCCGAGGGGUUUCGCGCGGUACAUGCCGAUGAUGUGCAAAUUCUACGGUUGGUCCUUGCGUGUGCGUUGACGGCUGAGGCGGCGGGGAGUAGCGAGCUGGCGAUGCGGCUGUUUGAGAGUGUGCGGGAGGAGGCCGAUAAUUGCGUGUGGGGACCGUCGGACAUUAAGAGUAUUAUUCUGUUGACGCUGGUUGCGAUUUUCUACUUCCAGGUCGACGAGGAAAUCCUGGCCUGGCGCAUCGCUGGGAUCGUGGAGCGCAUGUGCCUUGAAAAGGGGCUGCACCGACGGGAAACGCUUGGCCAGCCGGCCAUCGUCGCCGCGGGACGGGAUCGCGUUCUCCGGCUGUUCUGGUCGAUCUAUAUCCUCGACAUCCGGUGGAGCUUUGGGACGGGUAUGCCGUUCUCGCUCGAGGAUAGCGACAUCGAUCCCUGGCUGCCGGAGCCGGAGGAGAAGACCCCCUACCUCCGGGUCAUGAUCCGGUACAGCCGCAUCGCGGCCAAGGUGUGGAAGUUCAUCUCGGCGUUCAACAAUACGAACGAGAUCAAGAAGGAAGAGAUGAAUUAUCUAGACUGGCAGGUCCAGCAGUGGGUGAUGAACAUCCCGGAGAUUCUGCGUCUGGAGCAGCAGCCGCGGUCAGCCUCGAAGACCGAGCCUCGACCACCGCGCAGUCUGCAUCGCCUGCGGGCGCUGCUUUACCUUCGCUCCAACCAGCUCCGCAUGCUCAUCCAUCGGCCCGUGCUCCACUCGGCCGCGCAUAUCGUGCGGUACCCCGCCGAAUCGCAGAUGGUAGUCGACCUAGCCAGGGAGACAAUCCGCUUCAUCACGCGACUCAACGAGACGACAGACAUCUACCGUCUUCAGCAGGUGACCUUCAACUGGUUCCUCGUCUCGGCAGUUGCAGUGCUGUUUCUGGCUGUCGCGCAAGCCCCGUCACAGUUCAGUAGCGCCUGUCGGGAGGAAUUCUACCUGGCGCUGGAGCUUAUUAAAGGCUUCUCGACAAAGUCUUAUAUUUCACUGCGACUGUGGAAGUCGAUUCGCAGUUUGAGGAAGUUGGGGCCGCAGGUUAUGCGUCGGCAGCCGGAAGCAGCGGAAGCCGGGGUUGGGGGUGUGGAUGUGCUUAACCCUGCAAAGGAGCAGGAGAUAGAGCAAGCGAGUGGCGGGGUUGAGCCUUCGAUGCAGUCAACGGGCAGUAUACAGAGUCUCACGCCGGUGGAUGGGGUGCAGAUGACGAGGGAGUUGAUGGAGUGGUUUGAGGCGGUUGGAAGCCUAGAAACACAGAUCAUGGGAAUGGGAGCGCUGCCGCCGCACCAGGAGACUGACGUAUGGGGGAGGAGUGGACAGUAUAUGGUUGACUACGGGGGCGAACUGUCGAGCGUGAUGAAGGAUUGCUUCUGA